UCCAUACUACCACACCGAAACCCGUUCCCCAAUUCCUUAUUAACUUGGCCUUGAGGGAAUCGAGAUUUUGCUUGGAUUAUCUCAGCUGUCACCUUCAUCCUCACCUUCACCAUGGCGGCAGAAGAUGUCUUCGCCGUCCCGGUGUUUCUCGUCGUAUUUCGAGAGACACUCGAGUGUGUCGUUAUCGUCUCUGUCUUGCUAGCUUUUCUCAAGCAGACCCUCGAUGGACCUAAUCGGGAUGAGAAGGUGUAUAAGACACUCGUCAAGCAAGUAUGGAUCGGAGUCGCAACUGGGUUCGGUCUUUGUCUUAUAGUCGCCGCCGGCCUCAUCGGCGCCUUUUACAAACUAGGCACAGACAAAUGGUCGCUUAACGAGUACAACUACGAGGGUGCAUUCGCCCUCGUCGCGGCAGUCAUUAUUAGCAUCAUGGGCGUUGCUCUCCUCCGCGUCGGCAAGAUGCAGGAGAAAUGGCGCGUCAAGCUUGCCAAGUCCCUCGAAGCCCCUGAAGCCACUGCCGGUCGGAAAAGGUGGUUCCAACCCGGCUGGUUCAAGCGUUAUGCAGAGAAAUACGCCAUGUUCUUCCUCCCGUUCAUCACUGUGUUGCGUGAGGGUAUCGAGGCGAUUGUUUUCGUCGCUGGUGUCUCGUUCAGUGCGCCGGCCAAGGCUUUCCCGCUUCCUGUUGUUGUGGGGCUGAUUGCUGGGGGUAUUGUAGGAUACUUCUUAUACAAGGGAGGUGCUGGUGCUAAAUUGCAGUAUUUCUUGAUUGCUUCCACAUGUCUGCUAUACCUAGUAGGCGCGGGUCUCUUCUCGCGUGCUGUCUGGUACCUUGAAAACCAACAGUGGAACAACAUCAUCGGUGGUGAUGCUGCCGAACUGGGAGAUGGUCCGGGAUCUUAUGACAUUGACAAGAGUGUCUGGCACGUAAACUGCUGCAGCCCGGAGUUAAAUGGAGGCGAGGGUGGUUGGGGUAUCUUUAACGCCAUCCUCGGAUGGACUAACUCGGCUACCUACGGCUCCGUUAUCUCAUAUAACGUUUAUUGGAUCUUCGUCAUGGCCUCAUUUGGCGUCUUGAGAUACCGUGAGGUUAAGGGUCACUGGCCGUUCUUGAAGCCGAAGAAGAGCGCGGCUGAUCCAGUGCCCGAAACAGUUGGCCCGAGCCAUGGAGCAGACGGAGUGAAGGAUGUCACAGACAAGCCGGAGGCUUAGGAAGGUCUACCUGAAAAGGCUGUGAUAUUUUUUUGCUAAAGAUGGGGGGUAGUGCAAAAUCUUCCUCUUUGAAGGUUGAAACCAUUAAUUGGGCCAUUUGGAACGAUAGGAUAGAUAAUUGGUUAAUGGUAAAUAUGAAUGAUAGAAUAGCAAAAGUUUGUAUACACAUUGAGAAUGCCUAUAUCUUUGGUAGGUACCUAUAAUGAGAUGAAAUGAUGCAAAUGAUUGGACC